GAUCACUAUUAUGUUGUUCAUUCUGAUCACAGCAGUGCUGUUGAGUCUCUAGGCUAGCACAGCUUACGCUAGCUUUGGCAAUAGCUCUCGCAUGAAUUAGCUCGUUUCUAUUUACGGUCGAACUAAAUAUAUAUUUUUAAAGAAUGUCGAAGGAGUCUCCCCGUGAGCCGGAGCAGCUCCGCAAGCUCUUCAUUGGUGGGCUGAGUUUCGAGACCACCGACGAGAGUUUGCGGACUCAUUUUGAAAGAUGGGGAUCCCUCACAGAUUGUGUGGUAAUGAAAGAUCCAGUCACAAAGAGAUCGAGGGGCUUUGGCUUUGUCACUUACAGCUCUGUGGAUGAAGUUGAUGCAUCAAUGGAGGCUCGUCCUCAUAAGGUUGAUGGCCGCCAAGUGGAGCCCAAGAGAGCGGUGUCCAGAGAGGAUUCCUCAAGGCCAGGUGCUCACACCACUGUGAAGAAGAUCUUUGUGGGUGGCAUCAAGGAGGACACAGAGGAGCAUCACCUUAGGGACUACUUUGAUCAAUUUGGCAAGAUCGAAGUCAUCGACAUCAUGACUGAUAGGACCAGUGGGAAGAAGAGGGGGUUUGCCUUUGUUACAUUUGAUGAUCAUGAUGCAGUCGAUAGGAUUGUCAUCCAGAAGUAUCAUACAGUGAAUGGUCACAACUGUGAAGUGAGGAAGGCUUUGUCAAAGGAAGACAUGAACCGGUCCGGGCCAAGAGGUGGAAACUUUGGUAGAGGUGGAGGAUAUGGAGGUGGUUUCGGUGGAGGGAGAGGAGGAGGUGGAGGAGGAUAUGGUGAUAACGAUGGAUACAAUAACUAUGGAGGCAAUGGUGGCGGCUAUGGUGGGGGUCCCGGCGGGUAUGGUGGUGGCAACCGGGGCUAUGGCGGAGGUGGCGGCGGUGGUUAUGGUAACCAGGGUGGCAGCUAUGGAGGAGGAGGAGGAUACGACAACUACAACAAUGGAGGUGGUGGUGGUGGAAGCUACAGAGGUGGUAACUACGGAGCUAGUAGUGGUGGUGGGAGCAGCAGUGGAAGUGGUGGUGGUGGUGGUGGAGACUACAAUGACUUUGGCAAUUACAACAGCCAGUCGUCCUCCAGCUACGGCCCAAUGAAAGGAGGCAGUGGCUAUAGUGGCGGUAGUGGAGGGGGCCGGAGCAGCGGCCCAUAUGGUGGUGGUGGUGGUGGUGGUGGUGUUGGUGGUGGUGGUUACGGAGGAGGCUCCGGUGGUGGAUAUGGAGGGGGCUCCGGAGGUCGAAGGUUCUAGGUUCUGAGGCUACAGUACUUAGGAGAGGAGAGCCAGAGAGGUGACAGGGAAAGGAAGCAGCAGGUUUACCCCCUAGAUCUGCUCAGCCAAGCACAGUUGUGGCAGGUUUACAUCUGCCACAUGAAGAGAAAUGUACAGUAGAAAAGGAAAAAUCAUGUGGAGAGGGAGGGAGGGGAAUGGGUGGGUCCUUUUCAAACCGUUCUUGUCAAAUGCUUCCCAGCAGGAUUAUAUGAUUUUGUAGUUUUGCUGUUUUUGUCUUUGAAGUGUAAAGCAUUCCACUAAGGUUUUAUGUAGGUAUUUUGAUUUUCCCCGCACCUAUAGGGUGUUUUUAAGAUGUAACCGCCACCAAAUCAAGAUUAAAUAAACUGCUUUUCAGUUUUGUUUUUUUACAUUGUGUAUUUUGAUUGAUGGGUUCCUGUUGAUUAUGUUACAUGAGAUGAGUAGUCCUCAACAGAUGAGUAGAUGGUAUGAAGUGUAAUUGGAAUAUCCUCAGAGUACUUUCGUUAUGUUCCAUAUUCAGUAUCAAAGCAUGUUAUUGUUUAGAAAAGUGCAUUUUUGUUUAGAUAGUUUACCUCAAUGCCUUUGGUGAAAAUACCCUGCUUGCAUACAGAGGUCAAAGGCCUUUGUGCUUCUGGGCCGCCGGGCCGGUUUCUCCCCUAAAGUUUAGCAUUGUUGCCACUGGACAAAAUAAAAGUUUGCUUAAUGGCUUUUC